AUGGAGGCGGCGGGAGAGGGGAGGAAGCUCCAUCACCACGCGGGCGGCGGCAGGGCGCAGAUGGAGGCCAGCCCGGAGCGCGGCAGGCCUGCGUACGCGUCGGCGGUGACGGCGAGGUCGGCGCCGGCGAGGCCCAUGAGGCGGGUGCAGAUCAUCUACUACCUCUGCCGCAACGGCCAGCUCGAGCACCCGCACUUCAUGGAGCUCGCGCAGCAUCCCCACCAGCCGCUGCGCCUCAAAGAUGUGAUGGACAAGCUUACGCUGCUGAGGGGCAAAGGCAUGCCUGCUCUCUUCUCGUGGUCUUGCAAGAGGAACUACAAGAACGGCUACGUGUGGAACGACCUCUCGGAGAGCGACGUGAUAUACCCGUCCGACGGCGUGGAGUACGUCCUCAAGGGCUCCGAGAUCUUCCCCGGCUGUUCUUCCGCCGUUGCAGCGGAUCGGUUCCAGCACCUCCGGGUGACGGACAGGUCGCCAACCAAGCCGCCGCUGGCCCUCCCGCACAGCCACAAGCAGUACGUGGACGGCUACCGGGACGACGCCGGCGAGGACCCCGAGGACGACGAGCUUGGGUACCCGUACCACCGGCGUGCCGCGGCGGCUCGGCUGGGCGGGCCGAACAAGCCCGUCUCGGCCCGCACCAACCGUGGCCACCCCGUGGAGCUGCCCGUCGAGGAGACCUCGCCGCCGUCCUCGACGUCGUCCGACAAGCCGCCGCCGGCGCAGCAGGCGAGCCGCUGCGACGAGGCCGAGCCGAACAGGACCGGCUCGAUGCUCCUGCAGCUCAUCGCGUGCGGGGCGGUCACCGCCGGUCCGGCCAAGUGCGGCGGCCGGGCCGAGCCGAGGCGGAGCUGCGGCCUGGUGAGCCGGCUGUCGUCCCGCGCCGGCGCGGAGGAUGACGACGAGGAGGAGGAGGCUGGCGGCGAGCUGAGCCGGCGGUUCGGCCGCAUGAGGGCGGAGGAGAAGGAGUACUUCAGCGGCAGCAUCACCGUGGACAGCGGUGGCCGGGGCACCCCGCUGCCUGCUUCGUCGCUCAAACGCUCCAACUCGUACACCGAGGAGAGGGGCUCGAGGCUUGGCGUGGGGGCGAUCGGCGAGGAGACGGCGGAUGAGAGGAUCGGAGGGGAGGAGGGAAUGAUGAGGGGGAGGUGCAUCCCGGGCAGGAAGAGGCAGCCGCAGCAACAGAAGUAG